AUGCCGACCGCGACGAGCCAACAGCCUCCCUCUCAAACCUCUCUCCCUUCCAUCCGCCAACUGCACCCAUAUUUAGGCCCUCCCUCCGGAAUGUCUCAACCUCUGACGACGGGAGGUGCUGGGUACGACUAUCCUGGUGGAUCAACGCAUUAUCCGCCUGGCCCUCUUCCCCAGCUUGACGGGGCCGGUCAGCCUCCUCCUCAGCGUGAACAACCGGAGAUUUAUGGCGGUGUCGAGUCUGAACAGGACGAUUUCGAUCAGCACGGCCCGCCAAAGAAGAAACGUCGGCGACAGGCCUUGAGUUGCACUGGUGCGUCCCCAUGCCUUGCUCGUAAUACGUGUAACCGGGAAACUCAACCCCUCUGGCUCUCUAACCCCUUCCCCUACCCGUUGGCUCCUUGGAUCUGGUCGGCGAUUAAUCCCUGCAACCCUUGCCCUUGUGAUGUCAUCACGGGGUGCUCGUCGCCUCACCUCCAGAAUGCAAGCGGCGGCUCACGCAUCGACAAAAACCCGGGUCUUCAGGAAUCAACCAUGCGCACCCUGUUCUCGCCGAGGCGAACAGGCAAAGUGCCAGUGGCAUAUCGUCGAACCUGUGUAAGUUUGAGUCUAGCAAAAAGCAUCCUAAUCGGGCAGAUUUACCUCAUUAAUCCCUUUUUUGCCCCUUGCCUCCAUCCCAUCCCACCCAUCCAUCCAUCCAAUCGUACGCGAAAAUCUAACAGGGAGAAAUAUGUAACGAGGGCCGAAUACGACGAGCUCAAGGCUCGCUUUGACCAACUGUGGGCUCUGGUGCAUCGGAUGCUGCCUCCGGCGCCCCAAACCACCGUGCCCUAUUAUCAGACCAUGCCUCCCCAACCCGGACCUUCAGUCGAAGCAGCCCAGCCUUAUCAUUAUACUCCGAUGCUGACGCCACAGCAACCCUACCAGCCACAUCUGGAUGGGACACCUCCGGUAAUGCAGCCCCUCCCUCCUCAUCGAUACCCGCGGCCUGAAGACAGUCAUUCCCCUACCCGUAACGCAGGCCCAUCGUCGCCCCUAGCUUCCACCGUCCAACCACUCACUCAGCCGCCGCCGAGUCGAAGUGGGAGGGUAGGAGUUGUUGCGGGAGCAGGAGCAGGAGGGGUAGUAGGAACGGCAGUUGUAGCAGGAGGAGGGGGAGGAGGAGGAGAUCCUAAAUCUCCGGGACCCUCCCUCUACCACGUCCUCCUACCACAGUACCGAACCGUCGGGGUCAAAAAACUACUCCGCGCAGACGCUCACGCUGGGCGAGCGUCUGCGUCACGAGGGCCGCCCGGUUCUCGAAGACUCAGCAACCCCCCGUACUACCGCAGCGACCCGCCCCGAUCCGCCGCAAACCCCAUCUCUUCACCCUCUAUUCCAGAACUGUAUAUCGACGGCACUAACCCGUCUCUCAACCCGCCUCAGCCGUUCCAUCACCUCCCCCCUCAGAAUAGCACAGGUCGCCGCAUGAGCGACGCUUCAGGCCGGUUCCCUGGGCUUGAAGACGAGAGGAGUCGUGGAGGAUCCACUUCGACUUUUCCCAGUCGGGAUAGAUGA